AUGCGCGACGCGCAUAGGCAUAUUUCGAAUUUCGAAAACGCCUAUAUUAUUUCUAGGUACGGUAAUGAAAAAGGUAGUUUUGAAGUAAAAAGCGAUUCGCCAAGUGGUAGUACCGAGAAUUAUCCUAGAAUACAGAGACAACGUCCAGGCGACUGGAUAUGUAAAAGUUGUGGUAUCAAUAAUUUUGCAUAUCGAACAGAAUGUUUCGAAUGUGGUGAGAAAGUUCAAAACCGAGAAGUAGCUCCUGGUGAUUGGAUUUGUCCGAAAUGUGAAUUUUAUAACUUUCAAAGUCGGUUGGCUUGUUUCAAAUGUCAUACGCCGGCUCCAAACUUUGAACAAAAUCCUAAUAAGGAUCAUCAAGAAAAUUGA